AUGGCAAAGGUUAUCAGAAAUCGCUGGGUCUUCAGAACUGGAGGAAAGUGGUAUCGUUAUCUUCCGCGUCGUAACGAUGCAGUGAAGGAAUAUGAUUUCGAAUCUGGAGGAGGAUCUUUAGACGAUUUCAGAUGUGAAGAACAGAAUACUUCGAUGGAUCCUCCAUCCAAACUUUGGAUGGCUUGGGUAUAUCGUGAUUUAGCGACACAACCAAAAUGGACGAAAGAAAGAAUAGAAAAACUUUUCGGUAAAGAUUGGGAGAUAGGAAAACCGGAAGUCUUCAUGAACACAGAGGCGGUUAAUCAAGAACUUUGGCAUAUUAAGCACUUAAUAGAAUUGAAACCUAUUCGAUUCCCAAAUGGAGAACCAACAAUUAACGAUCUUCAUGGAAUUAGGCUCAAUCCCGACGGAGUUUGUAAUGUUGCCCAGGGGGUCGAACCAGUACCAGAAGAUCAAUUGAGACUAUUUGAUGAAACCAAGCAGUGGUCAGCGAAAGAAAUUUCUCAACAAUUGGAUGCUAAGUAUUACGGCUUCAAAGAUGUUUUUGAACGGAACGUUUAUACAUCUUCUAAAAUCUCCCAACUCAAAUAA